GCCCCCUCCACUGUUGCCCUUGUGCUUAUGCCCCAUUUUCUCCGGACUGGCCAAUGCUUAACUUAACAAAGCGUUUUUGUUGUCUCAUUCGCUAGUCAUUGUCUUCCCAAUCCUUUGUUCUUUCACUCCCUAAUAGGCUAACACUGUUAGAAUGUUGUCACUGUGCGAACAGUGAAAAAAAAAAAAGAAGAAAAUCGACCCUAACAACAGUGUAGAAAAAUUCUUGGAGAAGGGACUCCAUCUUUUGGUGUUUCAAGGUGGAUGCAGAAUACCCAGAAAGGAGAAUGUCUGCAAAGUUGAAAUUCUCGUAAGCAUAGCAUAUUCGAGGAGAACCCAUUUGUGGUUUUUCCUUUUUCUCUCCCUCUCUCUCUCUCUCAGAAAUUGCAGCGCAGGAGAAGAGCGAGCCAUAUUGGGGAGCUGUUUAGGAACUUUGGAGACAUUUGGUUGGGGUUUCUUUCAGAAAUUUGAAUGGUCUUAAGGGGAAUCCAAUUCCAAAGGUUGUUUGAAGAGGAGGGAGGGGAAGCUUAGAAGAAUAGAGGUGCAUGAAGGAUCAGGGAAAUGAUGAGAGAUGAGAAUUCCAAGAAAAGCAAGGUUUUUUGGUCAAAGAAAUUGGUCAGAAAGUGGUUCAAUAUCAAGGGCAGAACUGAGGAAUUUCAUGCUGAUGAAGUUGUUUAUGGGGGUGGCAAUAAUUGGAGAAAUGGAUUUUCCGAGAUGGAGCCAUGGGCAGUUAAGAGCAAAACAGAAAAAUCGGGCCGUAAGAUGGAAUGUCCAGGACGAAGAAAAGUUGAUCUUGAUCACCCCAAGAUCAUAAAUGUACAAAAGUAUAGUAUCUUUGUAGCUACAUGGAAUGUGGGUGGAAAAUCUCCUUCUAGUAACUUAAACCUUGAUGACUGGCUACAUUCUGCACCUCGUGCAGAUAUUUAUGUACUCGGAUUUCAAGAAAUAGUUCCACUGAACGCUGGUAAUAUUCUGGUGGCUGAAGACAAUGGCCCUGCCAAAAAGUGGAUCUCUCUGAUCCAAAAGACGCUCAAUAAUGUUCCCGGUACAAGCGGAGGUAGUGGCUGCCACACGCCUUCUCCUGUUCCAGAUCCGAUUGCCGAAUGGAAUGCUGAUUUUGAAGGGUCAAGUAAACAAAAGUCGACCUUCCUUCCUCGGCGGUCAUUUCAGACACCUCAUUGCUGGAGAAUGGAAAACGAUCCAUCAAUCCCGCAACCAAGCCUAGACCGACGAUACAGUGUUUGUGACAGAGUAAUAUUUGGUAAUAGGCAUAGUGAUUUCGACCCUAAUAACCGAUGGGGUCAUAGGCCUAGUUACAGCUCAUCAAGUCAUAGACUAAGCGACAGCUCAUCAAGUCAUCGGCCAAGUGACUAUACAUCCGGCCAUCGGCCAAGCAACUGCUCAUGGGGACAGAGGCCAAGCGACUAUUCCCCUGGUCAUAGGCCAAGCGACUAUUCAUGGGGACAGAGGCCUAGCGAUUUUUCGAGAAGGGGUUCAUUGGACGAUGAAUUUUGCCCCGGGGAUUUUCCUAGCACGGUUUCACCAUUAGCGAAUGGAGGAUGUACACCGACGGAGGAGUGCUAUAGCAUGCCCAGGAAUACACGAUACUGUUUAGUGGCAAGCAAACAAAUGGUUGGCAUUUUUCUCACUGUUUGGGUUCGGAGUGAACUGAAGGAACACGUUAAGAAUAUGAAAGUAUCCUGUGUCGGCAGAGGAUUGAUGGGUUACCUCGGAAAUAAGGGAUCCAUUUCUAUCAGUAUGUUGCUGCACCAGACAAGCUUUUGCUUUGUGUGCACUCACUUAACCUCGGGUCAGAAGGAGGGCGAUGAGAUUCGCAGGAAUUCUGAUGUUAUGGAGAUCCUAAAGAAAACAAGAUUUCCAUCGGUUAAUAACUUGUGCGGGGAAAAGUCCCCAUACACAAUCCUUGAACACGAUCGAGUUAUUUGGCUUGGAGAUCUGAAUUAUAGAAUUGCACUUCCUUACCGGUCUGCUAAAGCACUUGUUGAGAUGCAAAAUUGGAGAGCUUUGCUAGAGAAUGACCAGCUAAGGAUUGAACAGAGGCGAGGUCGGGUUUUUGUGGGAUGGAAAGAAGGGAAAAUAUACUUUCCGCCAACGUACAAAUAUUCACGUAAUUCAGACAGAUAUUCAGGUGAUGACAUGCAUCCAAAGGAGAAAAGACGAACACCAGCAUGGUGUGACCGGAUCUUGUGGUACGGGAGUGGUUUACAACAAUUAUCAUAUGCCUGCGGUGAAUCUAGAUUUUCAGAUCAUCGUCCUGUAUCUAGUGUAUUUUGCGCCGAAGUUGAGUCUGUUCCGAGUCAUUUAAGGAAAAGCAUGAGUUGUUCAAAUGCAAAGAUCGAGGUGGAGGAGCUGUUGCCAUACUCGCAUGGCUAUACCGAACUCUGCUUCUUUUGAGCGAACAUGGAGGACAUUAAACUGAAAGUUUUGACAGAAAGAAGCAGGAAUCUCUUUGACAAAAUUCAAUCCUAUCUGGCAAAUGGCAAUGUGGACCUUCUCUUUAGCCCACUAACCAAAAAAAGGUGUUGACAUUCCGGAUUUUGAUCGCUAACCAAUCUUAACUAACUCCAAUCGUCCACGUGAAUUACGAAAACGCCCCCUUAUGACACCAUUCAACCGUGCACCAGUUGUCAUUCCUGCAUCACGAUUAGGAACCAACUGGCAAGUGAAGUGAGUAAAUGAAAGUUUUUCCACUUAGGUGCUUUGUAGAAUAGUGAUUCAUUGACAGGAAGAGAAUGUCAAACAGUCUUAAGAGAAUGAUUCUUUCAGUAUAUAUAUUUGUUUUUUGAAUGAAGUGAGAAGAUGAUGUAUACUCAUUACAAAACCUCUCAAGAAAAAAGUGCAAUCUGCUCUUCAGCCUUGACA